AUGGCAGAAGGCGAGGAGACCAUGAGUCAAGAGGACUGGAAGGACAAGUGUAUGGUCCUCGAAGCUCUGCUCAUGAAGUUCAGGGUUCAGAUUAUCAAAAUCCGAGAGCUAACUGCUGACAAGAUUCAGCAACUCGAGACCCAAGUGAUUGACGCGGAAAAGAGAGCAUUUACAGCUCAGCAGCAGGUGCAGUGGAUGGAGGAGAAGCUGAGAGCUCCAGAUGGUCAGCCUGAAGAUUCAGAAAAGCUGUGGUUUGAGCGAUGCCAAGAGCUUCAGGCUUUGGUGCAGGAGAAGGAAGAUGUCAUCAGCCAGUUAGAGCAGCAGCUGGAAGAGCAGAAACAGUCAAGACUUCAAGAUGCCAAGACUGUGGAGGAGAAAGCAGCCAAGAUCAAGGAAUGGGUGAUGCAGAAAUUGUCAGAGUUUGAAGGAGAGAACGCUGCAUUAAGGGAAACCAACAAACAGCAGGAAACUCAAAUUAGUGAGCUAAAAAAGAAAAUGGAAGAAUUUGAACAGAAAUGUUCAGGUAGACGAACAGUUCCCUGCAAGCCAGGUGAAGCCCAACGUGUUAGCAGCCUGACAUUUGGCUGCUUCCAGGUGAGCGGGAAGAGUGCACAGGUUCUGACAGGGCCUGUUCCCUCCCAAAGGAGCCUCAGUACUGAGACUGAAGAGACUGACGACGCGGAGACUACAAGAAAGCAGACAGCCUCCACAGCGAAAGGUGCAGAAGUCCAUAGACCAGAUCAAACUGGACUGCUGGGUACUCAUCUGGAGGAGAAUGAGAACAUUAAUCCAUUGGAUUUUAGCGUGAGCAGGCCAGAUUCUUGUAGUGUUUCUUCAGUGCUCUCAAGAGCUGGAGGUGGUUGUGAAGUCAGAGAACGAGGUCUGGAGUUAAGUCGCGCUGACAGUGAGGCUUACUUGACAGCCUCGGAUGACAGCAGCUCUCUUUUUGACGACGACAUGCAGCGAACCGAGCGGCCCAGCGUUCUGGGGAUGUCAGGCGGAGCACAUGGGGAGUGUAAAAUGAGGGAGGACAGCUCCUCUGACGAGCUCAAUAAACGAUUCCAGUCACAGAGACUUGAUUCGUCAUCGUCGUCCAGCGAAGCGAAGACCCCCAGCCCCAUCGUCACACCAGCUCUCAUUCCAAAACGGCCCAACCCACCUCAAGACCUGAGAGAUACCCCUGCUUCACCCAAACAACCCAGACUGAGGACCCCAGCAGGGUUGGGGUUGAUGCAUGCUAUGGCCAAGAAGCACCUAAGCCAACCACCAAUCAGCACUGAGGCAGCGCACGGACAAACACGUAAUGCCCUCAGUAUGCUACGCUCCUCCCGGCCACAAGAAACUGACCUUGACCAAGUGCAGGAGGUCGACAUGGAAACAGGAAAGGAUCCGCCCAAUCAGAUCAGCCCCGGCUCUCGUACCAAACCCGCAAAGCUUUCCAUCCAUGCCGCACCGAUUCCUGCUGGGUGUCCACAAAUAAACUUGGACAGUAACAGCUCACCUCCUACACCUCCUUUACACAGACUCCCCUCCUGGGAGAGUCGCAUCUACGCAGUGGCUAAAUCUGGAAUCAGGUUGUCUGAGACAUCUUGCACAGACUCAACUAGCAAAGACCCCUCUCUGCAAGCAUCCUGUCCUGCCUUUGUCAUAUACACAUCACUCAUUUAUAAAAACAUGACCGCACCAGUUUAUACAACUCUGAAGGGGAAAGCCACUCUGCUGAGCAACAAUCCGUUCUUAGAUGAAUCAUCCAGUUCUGAGGAGUCGUCCAGUUCUGGGGAAGAGGACGGUUCCUUAUGCAGCUCGAACACAUCUUCCAGCUCUCUGAAGGGCAGCAACCCAGGAAGCCCACGCUCUCUCAAAAGAGCAGUGUCCAUGUCUUCAAUGACAUCAGAGAGUGACUAUGCCAUCCCACCUGAUGCCUACUCCACUGAUACUGAGUGUUUUGAACCGGAGCAGAAACUCCCUAAAACGUGUUCCUCUGCUGGAGAAAACAGCAAGAAUGAAUCAAUGGAGAAAUCAGGCUACCUGCUUAAAAUGGUGAAGACAUGGAAGAAAACCUGGAAGCGACGCUGGUUUGUCUUGAAAGAUGGAGAGCUGCUUUAUUAUAAAUCCCCGAGCGAUGUGAUCAGGAAACCUCAAGGUCAAAUUGAAGUCAAUGCCACCAGCAGCAUCGCACGAGGAGAAGGAAAACAAGUGCUCCAGAUAGUGACAGGGAAGCGAGUGUACUACCUGAAAGCGGACUCCCCUAACCUGUUAGAAGAGUGGCUUAUGGUGAUGCAAAGUGUGUUGAGAGUCAAAGCUGCAAGCCCACUCUUCACACAGCCGGAUAUUCGGCCCUGCAUGAAGGGACAACUUAUCAAGGUAAAGCAUGGGUACUCUAAGCGGGUUUGGUGUGCUCUGAUUGGCAAAACUCUGUACUACUUUCGCAGCCAAGAGGACAAGUUUCCUCUUGGUCAGAUUAAGCUUUGGGAGGCCCAGGUAGAAGAGGUGGACAGCCCUCGGGACUCAGACGAUGGCUUGAAAGCAUGUGGGGGCGGAUUGCAGGUAGUGUCCUUUACUAUCGCUAUCAAUUCACAAGAUCAAGAACCCACGUACCUGCUCAUCGAAUCUCACCAUGAGAAGGAUUCAUGGCUGUACCACCUCUGUGUCGCAGCAGGAACCAUGAUGGGCAAAGUAGGCACUGAGUUUGAAAAACUAGUGGGAAAACUCUUCCAAGUGGAUGGAGAUCCAAACUCUCAAAUCUGGAGGCAUCCAACAUUAUGUUUCAGUAAGGAGGGUCUGUCGUCUCCCCUCACCACGCUGCCCUCACAGGCCCUGCAAACAGAGGCAGUCAAACUCUUUAAGACUUGUCAAUUGUUCAUCAAUGUGGCCAUCGAUGCCCCGGCCAUCGACUAUCACGUCUCGCUGGCUCAAAGCGCCCUGCAGGUUUGUCUGACCCACCCUGAGCUUCAGAAUGAAUUCUUCUGUCAACUCAUCAAGCAGACCCGAAAGAGGCAGCCGCAUGGCCACCCUGGACCUUUGCAGGGCUGGCAGUUUUUAGCUCUGUGUGUUGGACUUUUUCUGCCUCAGCAUCCUUUCCUUUGGCUGCUCCAAGUUCAUCUCAAAAGACACGCGGACUCAAGGACUGAGGUGGGUAAAUAUGCCAUCUACUGCCAACGUUCUAUGGAGCGCACCCAGCAGAAGGGUGAGAGGCAAGCCAGACCGUCCCGGAUGGAGAUCCUGUCAAUUCUGCUAAGGAAUCCCUAUCACCACUCCCUGCCCUUUAGUGUGCCGGUUCACUUUCUCAAUAACACCUACCAGGUGGUAAGUUUUGAUGCGUCCACCACAGUGGACGAGUUCCAGUGUCGCCUCAAUCAGGACACCAGCAUGAGGAAAACAGGGCUGUCAGGUUUCAGUCUGUACACUGAUGACCCUACUGGACGGGAGCUAGAACACUGCUUGCAUCAGGGGAGCAUUAAGAUUUGUGAUAUUAUAUCCAAGUGGGAACAAGCAUCCAAAGAACAAAACACUGGGAAGUCAGAAAACACCAGAACAGUUCGCCUCACCUACAAAAACAGGCUAUACUUCUCCAGUCAGGUGAGAGGAGAGUCAGAGAGAGAAAGGUUAUUGUUGGCCUAUCAGAUCAAUGAGGCCAUUGUAGCAGGACAUUUUCCUGUCAACAAGGAAUUGGCCCUGGAAAUGGCUGCCUUACUUGCGCAGGUUGAGUUCGGGGAUUUUGAACGUCCCUUCUCGACCCCCGGACCAGUUCAAAUUAAAUCCAACCAAACCUUGAAACAGGUCCUGGACAGAUUCUACCCCAAACACUACCGUCGGACCGCAUCCGAGGAGCAAUUUAGACAAUUACUCCAACGUCUGUCUGCUCGCUGGUCCUCACUCAAGGGUCGAAGUUCAUCUGAGUGUGUGAGGAUUUAUCUGACUGUUGCUAAAAAGUGGCCUUACUUUGGUGCCAAAUUAUUUGAAGCUGAGUCAAUCACUCCAUCUCCAGACCAAGAAACACGCGUUUGGUUAGCAGUUCACGAAGAUGGUAUCAGUGUUCUGGAGCACAACUCUAUUAAACCACUUGUGUCCCACCCUUAUAAAAAUCUGAUGACUUUUGGCGGCUGUAAACAGGACUUCAUACUUGUGGUGGCAAAGAGCAACGGUAACAAAACGACCAAAGACAAACCCACAGAGAGCCAUGCGUUUGCAAUGGAUGAGUCCAAGAUCAGAGAAAUCACCCUCCUCAUCUCCAGCUACAUCAACAGUGCACAUCAGCAGAAGUCCGCGGCACACCACCUAUCCGCCCCUGCUCUCAUGGUGGCCCAGCCAAUUAGCCUGAAGUGCAAGGAGCUGAGAAGCAAGUCUCCACCAGCAUUGGGCCGUCCCAGUAAGGCCCCCACCUUGUUGUAA